AUGGCGGAGGGUGUUGAGGUUUCCGGUGAGUCACCGCGUCUUCCUCGGCCGCUGGCUCUGGGGGCUGUCUUGGCGGCGUUUUUGGGCCAGGGCUCGUGUCUUGCUCCCGCCUGGGUCCGACCGAUCACUGGUGUUGUGAUUGGUGGAUUCCUCCGGCAGCGACAGCCCUGGUCUACAACUGAUAGGGGGUUGUUGGUUUGUGGGUUGCGUGGGGGUGUGGCCAGAUGCAAGCCACCUGAAUUUUCUGAAGGAGGGUUCCUUUGGAAUGAGGUGUUGGUGUUCGAACAAGUCCUGGUUACCCGAUGUUGGUCAGGAGUUUGUAAUGUCGUGCUUGCAGUCGAAUAUCUAGGACUUACAUUAAUGGAGCAGUACUACCAAAAAGUAUCAAAUUUAGAGGAACCUUCAUCUCUUUUGUCGUCUAAGAAGAAAAGUAAGCUCGAUAAUCAAAAUUCAAAGAGCACCGAACUUGACGAAAAUUCAAAGAGUACCGAACUUAACGAACUUUUGGAAAAUCUCCCUUGGGAUCCGGCAUGCUGA